AUGACAUCGAGCCCCGCUGCCUCUCAGGCGAUCCUCUCCACAGAGUCGCCGGACAGCACGGAGCAUACGUUCACCUUCGUCCUGCCCGACUUUUACGAUAACGAACAUAUGAACGAGAGCGAUGCGGACCACCACUUUAAUAACAGUGACUGGACCGGCUUCGGCGCCGGAGUGGAGACGGAGGGCUCCAACGAAAUGUUUGAUGACGCCUGCGCCUACCUCCAACAUCGCGUGGAGUACCUCUUCAAAAUUAACCUUACUGAAUGCGUGACCAGUUGGGAGGAAUCUUCGGACAACGAGCCCUCUGCAAUGUGCGAUUUACUGAAAAGAACCAUUGUGGAUGUCUGCAAGCGCGUCGACGGUUGCGACGAGGACGAUUUAAUGAAAACGGUCUUUGAACACCUCAAGAAUCUGCUCACAACGGAGAGCCUUCAUGAUGCAAUCGUUAUGGUAAGUUGCUGGUGCGAUAUGCUAGAGUCUAGCAACCUUCCCCAAUCUCGUUAA